CCUCACCGCUGUCCGGUACUUGGGUAUGCUUCGUUGUGUUCCCGUGUCCAUUUCUACUACGGUAUAAGUACCUGAAUACCUCUAAUGUGACGGAAAUUCGCUCACGUGGAUGUGGUGUAUUUGGUUUGGGCGUUCGCCGACCACACCGGCACACAGCCUCCAUAUCUGCAUCGCAAUCAGUCUCGGUUCUCCAGUAAGUAGUAAGUGCUUGCAUUCAUUCUUCAAACUCCCAUGUCGUUCCUCUCUGCUGCUGAUGUAUACGCCGAGCAACUAUUUCGCUUGGGUCAUGGUUAUCCUCUCUGGGACCCUGAUCCACCGAAAGGUGAAGUGUUGAUAGGCGAUGUUGGAUUUAUUGCGGAUGGUUCAUUCCAUCGCGUCUUCAACGCCACGAAACCUGGGGAUGACCCCGCGAAUAGAACCGGCGUUCCUGAUGGUUACAAGCCAUUCACCUUGACCUCGGAAUUCUCAAAUGUGAAGAAGGUCGGGGCACUUGCUCCUGGAGCGUUGUGUAGCAGGACCAUCAGACAGCUGCAAGUCGAGUUGAGUGCCUCAGGCCACGGCGUUGGUGCCGGUCUUGAGUUCCAAUGUAUGGACGACCAGGGUGCUGUUCUCGUAAUGAAGCACAGCGCGAACCGCGAGGUGAUCCUUCCAAGUCGGCGAAUGGUCAACUACAUGUCACAGAGCUUCACAAGCUGGUACGAGUUCAUCAGGGAUCGCCUCGACGUCGACAUUCCCAGGGAAUCCUUACGUUUCAUAUGUGGGGUCUGGAAGACUGCUGACUGGGCGGUGGCGUCAUAUACACAAGCAGGGAAGAUGGCGCAGUUCCAGUUCAACGCGAGUUUGGGUGCAGCCUCUGCCGCAUUUACAAUAUCAGCAGCGGCAAAGGUCACGGCUGCACCCGAACAGAACUGGGGACCGCGCGACGACGCCACUGAUCCGUCCACAAGCAGCGAGAGCCUCAGCGGUCUCAUGGCUAAUCAAUCCGUGUUCAUCCACUACUAUAGUCUGAGGCGUCGCUUUUUGUUCCCCAAAGUCAUGAAGGCUGCGGCUGGCUACGAUGAGCUACCUCCCCCAGGACCUGACGAGGCCGCAGACAGGAGUCACUCAAUAGACUUCGCCAGCAGCGGUGAAGAGGUGAACGAGAUUGAACGGGACACCUCAGUCUUUCAGAGCUGGGACCCCGUAGACUUUGUUCUGGAUUAUAUCCUGAAGUAUGAGCCGAACGUCCAGGUCGCAGUUGCUAACGACCGUGAUAUCAAUAGGCUUUGCGAACAACACAGAUGUGAUAUACCAGACGACAUUCCUUCUUUCCUCGAAACUGUCAAACCUCUGAUUGAGGUCACCGAAGAUGGACUUGGCAUGCUGUCUCACGAAGACCUCACUACUCUUGAACAGCCCGCGCCAGAUGAGCAGACUGUGCCAGCGUCGAUGCCGGUGUCGUUCGCCGAUGAACAUCCGACUACAGACGCCCCUCCCGAGGUUGGGGCUACAGCAGCGGAUGCCGAGAUAUCCGAGAAAGUCACGCCACGCGGCGAGCCUGUCGCUGCAAACUCAGACAGCAUUGCUAGGGAUGGUCCAAUCGAACAGAAGAAGGCGGACAUACUAGUCGCGGACAACGGUGCCUUUGUCGAGCUCGAACACCACGCUGGUGGUAUCACCGCCCUUGCAUAUUCGCCUGACGGCCGCUACAUCGCCAGCGGUGCUGACGACACCCUAGUCGUCAUCUGGGAUGUCCGCACCGGCCAGCGCGUGCAUACGUGCAGUUACCACUCCGAUACCAUCUGCUCCCUGGCUUUCUCUCCCGACGGUAGCAAGCUGCUCUCUGGCUCCGGCGACGGGCUGGGAGUCAUUUGGGACGUCCGAACUGGAGAGGAGCUGACAGUCCUGAACGGCCACACGGGUAUCGUGUACACCGUUGCCUUUUCGCCUGAUGGUUCGGUCGUCGCGACGGGGUCCGUCGACACCUCUGUCAGGCUCUGGGACGCCGUGUCGGGAGAAGAGCGUUCGUUGUCGAGAGGGCAUAGCGCAAUUGUCUUGAUUGUCGCGUUCUCGCCUGACAGCCGCCGCCUCGUUUCCGCAAGCGCGGACUACUGUACCCGAGUUUGGAGUGUACGAGAUGGGACUCUUCUCUCUGUCCUCAAGGGCCACCAAGGCGUUAUCUACGCUCUGGCGUAUGCCCCCGAUAGUCGUCGCCUAGUCACUGGAUCGGACGACGGCUCGGCGCGGAUCUGGAAUGGGGAGACAGGCGAAGAACUCGUGGAUCUGCGAGUGCACUCUGGAUCUGUGUGGGCCGCGGCGUUCUCCCCUGACGGUAAACAAUUGCUGAGCGCAGCCAGCGACGGCUCCAUCCGAAUCUGCGACUCGUAUAGCGGAGACAAGAUUCACGAGAUCGAUGCCAGUGAUCAACUCGUGAAUGCCACCGCGUUUUCCGCAGAUGGCUCGCGCAUUUGCGCCAGCUCUGCGGAUAACAGCAUACGCGUGUGGAACACGAAGAGUGCAACCCAGCUCGCGACACUCACUGGCCAUUCCGACAAAGUGAGCCAUCUGAGGUUCUCUCCAGAUGCGACGCGCAUCGUGUCAUCCUCCGAUGACGGCCUUUUGCGUAUCUGGGAUCUCAGUCGUCUGGGUACGGGUGGCCAUGGCGGGGGAGAGGUAGAGGCGUAGGUGCCCGUGCCCGUGCCUGUGGACUCUUGAAGACCUGGGGCACGGGCAGCCGUACGAUUCAGCAGCACAGUGCGUAUUCGAGUCGAAUCCUGUAUACCACAUGCACACCAUUAUU